UAUUCCAGUGGGUUAACGUUCCGCGCUGACCUAUUUCCGCAUGCGCGGGAGCGUAUAAAUGCGCGCGCGCCGCUGGACGCGCUAUCAGUCUCACGAGUACCGUCGAGAGGAUAGCACCAUGUUCGCCAAACUUAUGAUCAUCUGCGCCGUCGUCGCGGCAGCCCUCGCGCAGGCGAGGGAGUACCCGGCCGGCGUGCACCCAGCAGUCUGCCCCAACUACCCCUACUGUGCCCCUGACGCGCUAGCCAGGCACACCCCGGACGGCAUCCCCAUCCCCCAGUGGAGCUACCCUUACGCUGCCCCUGUGGCUGCCGCUCCAGUUGCUGAGUAAGUAUCUCUCUACUAC